UUGACAAAUCCCAAAAACAUGGCUUCCAAGCAACAAGAAGUGGAGGUAUUAGAAAGUUGGGAAGAAAUCGAAGAGACUGAUGUGAUAGAUCAGAAGUUUAAGUCAAUUAUUCCACCGAGCAAGUCUCUGGAGCCCAAAAGUAAUGGUAUUAAUUCAAUGCCGAUUAAAAUUCUAUUGACGGGUGAUGACGCCUUAAGGACUCAAUACGUGCCUCCGGAACCCACAGUGAAAAUCCUGAAACGGCCCUCGAAAGAGCCCCAAAACACCAACGACUCGAAAGUAUUCCAACCGAAAAAGACGCUGCAACAAAGGAAACAGGAGUAUGCAGAAGCCAGACUUAGAAUUUUAGGAGAGACUGAAAAAACUGAAGAGGAAAAGAUUAGUAUAGUGUCCUGUAAGGGACGUUCAAGUGACUUAGAUAACGUAAUUCGGUUACCAAAAGGACCAGAUGGAACCAAAGGGUUCAAUAUACGUAGAUAGUACACUGUGUGUAUUUUUACGUUUACUUAAAUCACAUAUCAGCUACCAACCCAAGUGAUAUAACUUGAUAUGUGGUUUUAAUGAGCUCUUAAGCACAAAAAUGCCUUGCGGAUCUCAGUUGGGAGAUUUUUGCAAUUUUUUUCACACAAGUUUUGUACAAAAAUCGUUAAAUUCAGUGUUCUUUCGUGUUGAUACCAUGACGCAGAAUUGCAUCCCUUUUUUAUUUGUAAAUAUUAUUGUAAGAUAAUUUUAUUAUAAUCAAACCACGUCAGAGUUGCAGUUAAUUUUGCUCAUGUAUAUUAGUAAUGUUAAGUUAUAAUUAUUGUGGUUGUGCAAUUCUUAAAUAUAUUACGUAAUAUUUUCUCCAAAAGACUCAUUUCUAACCCCAACCACAAAA